UGGAGUCAAUACAGGAUGUAUACACAGUUCAGCAGAUUAAAGAAAGAGCUUCUCUGGGUUUGGAAAAAAACGACACUUUGUAUGGGAUAGUUUUUGCUUACAUAUCCACAUUGAAUAUUGAUUCUGAUUCUGACAAGCUAAUUCGUAGUAGAUGGUGAGUCUGCUGUAUUUCUUGCGUAUUAGAGUUUCAGUACUUAAUGAUAACAUAUACUAAAAAUAUUUAGAAUUUGAUACAAUGCCAGCAUGUUUAACAAAAAUGUACUUCCAGAUAAUCAAAUGCCAAGGAAACUGUGACUUGUAAUACCAGUUGUUGGGGUUCUUGUUCCCACGAUGCAUGCAGACUACCAAUAUGAUGUGCGGUUUAUCUAUUAAUUAAAGAAAAUUCAAAUAAAACACACACACACUCUCUCUUUAGAUUUGUUUCUUAUUCUUUUUUUUAAAACAUCAUUAGAAAGGCUCUUAAAACUACCUUUAUCCAGUGCUGGGACAAACUCCAAACUGCAGCUCUUACAGCCUAUGGUGAAAUGAUGAGUGAUGAUUUUUGUCCAAUCAAAUGCUUCUGAGGUCACGGUGCAUGUAAGAUAUUUACUAUGAUUGGUCAAUAAUAGAGAAGCAUUGAACACGCGUAGUGUCCAGCGUCAACAUACUUCAUGCUGAUCCGUAAUGUCAAAUAGAAUUAAUAACUUAAUGUAUUUUAGUCUGAAGCCCAAGAUGGCUGUCUAUCUGUGGAAAUUGCAAAAUGUCAACAGUGCCAUUUCUCAGAAAAGCUUCAUGGACACCACCUAUACCCCCAAAUCACUAAAUUAAGAUGAUUUUGGCGUGUAGACUAUCCCUUUAAAUUCCACUUGUCAGUAGAAUGUGUUAGGUUCAUCUGUUUCAAAUAAACAUAUGUCAUAUUUGCACUUCAAUUUGGCUCUCAUUUAGAUAGGUGAAUGAAUCUAAUGCAUAUACAGGUUUUCUAAUUCAGCUAAUUACAAACAGCUAAACUACAACUGAAUCCCAUUAAUGUGAUGCAAUAACUCUAUGUUUACCUAAUAUCACCUGCAACCCAUUUACCCUAUAAGCAUACCCUAACCCUAACACCCCAUUCUCUCAAACCUGACUCUUACAGGGAAGCUACAACUCCAGGCCUGGAUUAAAAAAAAUCCAGAAUGUUUGCCUAUUGGCAGCACUAGCCAGCCACCACAUUAAAAAAGUUAAAAAAAAUAAUUUAUUGAACAAAUACAAAUGCUAUGGGGAUCAAUAACCUCUAUAUUGCUAUAACCUUGUCGCUAGUAAAAGCCCCAUCCCAUGGAGAUAGGGCCUGUGAAAUAAAGGGGGGUGGAAUCAUGGUCAUCAUGUGGGGGCUACUUUAAAUAUUACGGGGAGGACCUAAGGUAAUGGAUUCAAGUGCAAAAUGCUGUCCAUGUGCCACCCACUAAUCUGAACAUCAGAGCAGGAUUAACCAUAAAGCAAUCCUACAGAGUCGCCUAGGGCCCAGGGAUUAGAUAGGCCCUGAAAACAUGAAUUUGUUUUUCCCCAUGACUUAAUUAGCACCACACUCAUACACACUUUCUCAAAUACAGAGAUACAGUAUACACACAAACAUUAUUGAAGUUACUGGGUGUCAGACAGCCAGAGUUUAACGCUCUCCCCAGGGCCGGAUUAACACAGGGGCUGAUGGAGCUGCAGCUCCAGGCCCAGGCCCAGGCCCAGGCCCAUGGAAUAGGCCCAUUUAAAAAAAAAAAAAAAAGUUACUUUUUUUUUUUACACGCUACUCUUAGGUUUGCCACCUGACUGGUAUUUUACUGGCACAGCUGGUAUUUGAGGCUGCCUGGCCAGGUCCAGUGUUGCAGUUAUACAGUUGGGGACACUGAGGCACUUGAGGACUUUGGAAAACGGGGGACACUGAGAGAAAUGGGUACACUGAGACACCUGGGGACACUGUGAGACAUAGGGACAUUGGGAGACACUGAGACAUUGGGACACGGAGACACUGAGACAUUGGGACACGGAGACACUAGGGACACAGUGUCCCCAUGUCUCCCAGUGUCUGUGUCCCUAGUGUCUCAGUGUCCCCUAGUCUCCCAGUGUCUGUGCCCCCAUGUCUCCCAGUGUCCCUAGUGACUCAGUGUCUCCAUGUCUCCCAGUGUCCCCAAGUGUCUCAGUGCCCCAUGUCUCCCAGUGUCCCCAAGUGUUUCAGUGUCCCCGGGUCUCUCAGUGACAUGGGGACACAGUGAGACAUGGGGACACUGGGAGAAAUGGGAACACCGAGACACUGGGAGACUAGGGGACUGGGCGACAUGGGGACACUGACACUGUGAUACAGAGGGACACUGAGAGACUGGGUGACUUACAAACCUGAGACACUGGGAGACACUGGGAGCAAUCCAUCUAUAUAGCAGAAUCAAACUGUGAGUAGUUUGUUGGUGAUUUUACAGAAUUUUCUCUUGGGUCACUCCUUGUGAUUUACAUCAUGUGAUGUCAUGCAUAACUAAUUAAUUAUUCAAAUGUAUAAGGCUGGUAUUUUUUUCCAAGAAAGGUGGCAACCCUAACUACUCUUCACAUACUCUUGCUUAAAGGAACACUAGAGGGUCAGGAACACAAUCAUGUAUUUCUGACCUUAUUAUGUUAAAACCACAAUUUAGCCCCCCUGGCCUCCUCAAAUAUAGUAAACUCUUACUUGUAUUCAAUGAUGCAGCUGCUGGCUCUGUCCCUGUUUGCCUCUAAACUGACUCUGUCUGCUGACAUCAUCAGAAGUGGUGGUCUGCGCAAAUUACAAUGCUUCCCCAUAGGAUUGGCUGAGACUGUCAACUAGAUCAGGGGCAGAGCCAGCACAAGUCAAACAUAGCCCUGGUCAAUCAGCACCUCCUCACGAAGAUAAACUGUCUCAAUGCAUCUCUAUGAGGAAAGUUCAGUGUCUGCAUGCCGAGGGUGGAGACACUGAAUGGCGGUGCUGCACACUAGGCAGUACUGCCCCAGGAGGCACAUCUAGCAGCCAUCUAAGGAGUGGCCAUCAGAGUUAUUUUCUCUGAAAAGACAGUGUUUACUACAAAAAGCCCGGAGGGAAUGAUUCUGCUUACCAGAACAAAUACAAAAAGCUGUAGUUGUUCUGGUGACUAUAGUGUCCCUUUAAGUUUGGAAGCUUAAGAGGGAUGCAUGAGAACAAAACCUGUGUGGACUGGCUAACAAUAAAAUAAGUUUAGAUAAUGCAGACUUUGGUCUCUCUAACACUGUGGCAUGUCCCCUUUCUUCUACACUCACUACACACAUUUUCUCUGUCUCAGACUAUAUACCAGGAACUUCUGCCUGCUAGUAAGAUGAUAAGGAGACAAGUGGACAUGUGAGUGCUAGGGGACAGUCCUUAGAAAGUGUGUAGGCACAUCAUUUGAUGCAUUUAUGUCAAGCUCAGGGUGCUGCCUGCAUAGUAGGCCCUUAGUUGGACAGCCUGCAUGAUUGGCAGGCAGUCUGGCAUGCAUUCAUGCCAGGCUGGCCUUCCAUUUCUUUGGACAAACAUGCCCCCUUUUUGGGCAUGUUCACCCCUUUUGGCAGGUCUGGUCACGUGAUUCGCGCCAGUGGCACACUCUUUUACCCUGCACAUUGACUUCCUGCUUCACUGGACACUGCUGUUAGGGGAUAUGGAUUUACUUGAAAGAUGAAAGCAUAAAUUAGAGAGAGAUUAGCCAGGGCCGUCUUUAACGCUGGGCAAACGGGUCAGCUGCCCCGGGCCCAGUUGCUCCUGGGGGCCCAGAGCAGCUGCCUCGUGGACCCCGCGAUUUGCGCAGGCCCUGCGGUGCGGCUCCCGCACACUGAGGAGGCUCCCCGGGUGGCCCAUGCACUAAGGGCCACCCGGGGAGCAUGUGUCAGCAGGGGCCCGGUCGGGCGCUGUGGCGCUUAAACAGCGCGACCGGGCCCCUCUUCCAGUUCUGCAGUCGGCUGGGAGGAAGUGACGUCACUUUCUCCCACCGGAGAUAGCCGCACGGGAGGAGGAAGGCAGGGAGGAGGGGAGUUCCAGAGGAGAACUCCCAUCUGCCUCAGCCUGCCACUGGACCAGGGAAACCACCCUCCAGGAAAAGGUAAGAACCUGGAGGGUGGCUAAAUGUAUGUCAGUAGGUCUGUGUGUGUGUGUCUGUGUGUGUGUCAGUAUGUCUGUGUGUAUGCUAGUAUGUCUGUGUGUGUGUGUCAGUAUGUCUGUGUGUAUGCCAGUAUGUCUGUGUGUGUGUGUGUGUGUCAGUAUGUCUGUGUGUGUGUGUAUGUAGGUAUGUCUCUGUGUGUGUGUGUACGUGUGUGUCAGUAUGUCUGCCAGGAUAUAUUUGUGUGUCAGUGUAUGUGUGUGUCAGUAUGUAUCUGUGAAUAUUUUAAUGUCUGUCUGUGUGUAUGUCAGUAUGUCUGUGUGUGUGUCAGCAUGUCUUUGUGUGUCAGUAUGUCUGUGUGUGUAUGUAAGUAUGUCUGUGUGUGUAUGUGUGUGUCAGUCAGUAUGUCUGUCAGUGUAUGUGUCUGUGUGUGUAUGUAUGUAUGUCUGUGUGUGUGUGUGUGUGUGUGUGUGUGUCAGUAUGUCUGCCAGGAUAUAUUUGUAUGUCAGUGUAUGUGUGUGUCAGUAUAUAUCUGUGAAUGUUUAAUGUCUGUCUGUAUCAGCCAUUACGUCUGUCUCUGUAUAUGUCAGUAUGCGUGUGUGUGUGUGUAUAUGUCAGUAUGCCUGUGUGUGUGUGUGUGUCAAUAUGUCUGUCAGUGUAUGUGUCUGUGUGUUUUAGUAUAUCUGUCAGUGUGUUUGUGUGUGUGUCAGUAUAUCUGUUAAUGUAUGUGUCUGUGUAUGUAUGUAUGUCUGUGUGUGUGUCAGUAUGUCUGCCAGUAUAUAUUUGUGUGUAGUGACUUUGUGUGUCAGUAUGUAUCUGUGAAUAUUUUAAUGUCUGUCUGUGUGUGUAUGUGCUAGUACGUCUGUCAGUGUGAUUGCGGGUUGGACGUAAUUGGGGGGUGAGGCAGUGGCAGGGACAGGGCCCAUGGGGCCCAAGAAAAUGCAUUGCCCAGGGUCCUAAUCAUAUUAUAGACGGCCCUGAGAUUAGCAUAGAGUAUGUGUUUUCGUAUAGCUGCGUCCUUUGAGUUUCCCUCCAACACCAUCUCCAUCAGAUACAUGAUGCUUGGGAGGUAUGAUCGUUUUAGUGUUUUUGGUCGAUAAGAUUCUGUAAAUAGGCCCAUCAUAAUUGUCAGCACCAGGCCCACUGGGCUCUUAAAGGACCACUCUAGGCACCCAGACCACUUCAGCUUAAUGAAGUGGUCUGGGUGCCAGGUCCUUCUAGGGUUAACCCAUUUUUUCAUAAUUAUAGCAGUUUCAGAGAAACUGCUAUAAUUAUGAAUGGGUUAAGCCUUCCCCCUAAUCCUCUAGUAGCUGUCUCAUUGACAGCCACUAGAGGCGCUUGCGUGCUUCUCACUGUGAAAAUCACAGUGAGAGCACGCCAGCGUCCAUAGGAAAGCAUUGUAAAUGCUUUCCUAUGAGACCGGCUGAAUGCGCGCGCAGCUCUUGCCGCGCGUGUGCAUUCAGCCGGCGGGGCGUAACGGAGGCGGAGAGGAGGAGGAGAGCUCUCCGCCCAGCGCUGGAAAAAGGUAAGUUAUUACCCCUUUCCCCUUUCCAGAGCCGGGCGGGAGGGGGUCCCUGAGGGUGGGGACACCCUCAGGGCACUAUAGUGCCAGGAAAACGAGUAUGUUUUCCUGGCACUAUAGUGGUCCUUUAAUCUGGCCCUGGCUCUCCCCAACACUUAGAGGUGUUACUGAUCUCCCUGGCUAGCUGGCUGCACUUUAAUUUGUUGUUGGGUAGCCAGCAUUUAAAUGAUUACUCAAAACCUUUUUAACAUUUUGUUGUUUUAACUUACUUAUUUGAAACUUGUCACUAGCACUUGUUGUCGUCCCCCCUGUAAUUUGUUACCAAAAUCCUGUAAAAUAAGCUUUACACUUACCUUGAAUCCAGUUUUCUCUGUUUCUGUGCCUUCUCUGUCACUGCUACCCUUUCCAAAGUCCAAUCAAAUGGUUCUCAUUUGAUUGAACCUUUGUUGAACCUUGGAUACAUGCAUGCAAGUGAAUCAGCUUCUUCUGAUAGAGAAGCAUCGAAUCAAUACAUCUUGUCACUAAAGCCCACCCACCUCAUGAUUCCAGAUUCCAUACAGGCCCCAAUGCAGCGACUAGCAGCCAGCACAGAUACUUCUUGUACACUUCUGAGUCGAGGAGGGUAGCAUGUUUCGGGUGGAUAAAAGGAGGAGAUAAAUAAAAAAAUAAGGACAAUUGAAAGAUUGGGCAUGGGUGCAAGGAGAGUUUUUAUAAGAGUGGUAGUGGGGGAAAAAAAGACAACUGAAAGAUCAUAUGCGGAGGCAGGGAGGGCUUGCAUAGGAAGGGAGGGGAAAAAACAUGGAGAUUGAGAGAUUAUGUAGGGAGGUAGUGAAGGAUGGGACAAAUUUUAUUGUAGACAUUUAGUUGGCUUCUACUUGCAGACUUGCUCACCAUUUAAGACUGCCCAAUACCAAUACCAAUAAAUUGAUUAUAUUGUUGAAUCAGAUUUGGGUGGCAGGCUACAUGACAUGGAUAGAACUGUUUGGGUCAUUUUAACCCGCAGUAACCAAUGGUAGUUAAUGAUUUCUUAUACCUCCCCUUAAAGGACCACUAUAGUGCCAGGAAAACAUACUUGUUUUCCUGGCACUAUAGUGCCAUGAGGGUGCCCUCACCUUCAGGGUCCCUCUCCCGACGGGCUCUGGAAGGGGGAAAGGGGUAAAAACUUACCUUUUUCCGGCGCUGGGCGGGGAGCUCUCCUCCUCCGAUCCUCCUCUUCUCCUCCCAUGCGGCUGAAUGCGCACGCGCGGCAAGAGCUGCGCGCGCAUUCAGCCAGUCACAUAGGAAAGCAUUAGGAAUGCUUUCCUAUGGACGCUUGCGUGCUCUCACUGUGAUUUUCACAGUGAGAAGCACGCAAGCGCCUCUAGCGGCUGUCAAUGAGACAGCCGCUAGAGGAAUUGGGGGAAGGCUUAACCCAUUCAUAAACAUAGCAGUUUCUCUGAAACUGCUAUGUUUAUAAAAUAAUGGAUUAAGCCUAGCUGGACCUGGCACCCAGACCACUUCAUUAAGCUGAAGUGGUCUGGGUGCCUAGAGUGGUCCUUUAAAUAUGUAACUUUUUUCUUAUCUUAGGGCUCUUUAUCUGCAUCCUAGAAUGUGGAGUGCCAAGCAGCUGGUUGACAACCCUGUACAGUUCAACACAAAAAAAAUAUUUGUCUUAAAUAGUACAACUUGUAAGUAAUAAGAAAUAUACAUGUGUGAUUCUUAUGCAGCUCAAGAUGCCGUUACCUUAUGACUGAUACAUUAGUGGGGUGCACGUAUGCUUUCUGCAAUGAAAGGUCUUCUGACCCAAAAACUGUGAUUCCAAGCUUGGAUUUAAAAGUGGACAUAACUGAUCAUACUGGAACCUUGUCUUGUAACCUGUCUGAUAGUGCUGCUGAGGAAACACUCUCAUGCACGGUAAAGUUUAAAUGUUUCCUGAUUUUCAUUAUAUCUAGUAUUAAUAUCCAUCUAACAAAAUGGAAAAACAAGGUCUUGCAGUUUUUUACUAUAGUUAAACAUAAUUAUUUCUAUUGAGUCAGCAUGUCAAAACAUUUGGCAUGUAUUGUUAAUACAUUUAAAUGUAGUUAACGCCUAAGACUUAUUAAGCAAAACAAAAAGAACUUUCUCAGGCAUGUGAAUUACUUUAAGCAAUAUCUUGAUUUGCUGUUUAUUUAAAAAAAUAAAGAUAUUUUGCAAGCUUGUGAUAUUGUUUAGUAUAUCUGAGGGCUUCCUUAAAAGCGGCACUGUCAUGCCGAACUUACCUUUCCCUACUCGCUUCCUCUUCUCUUCAUUUCUUCCUGUCUGCUCUAGUUUUCUUUAAAACAUAAGACAAAGUAGGGACUAUUUUGUCUUAUAUAUAUUUUCUACGCCUGACCAGCUAUGACCAGCGGAGGAGCAAAGUGUGCUCCAUUUCCUGUGGUCAGAUAUAUUUUUCCACAAUUCUCACCUUUCCUCUGAUCUUGCGAUGUCUCCUUUCACUUUUCUCAAAAUGUCAUCUCAUUUAGACAGAACACCGACGAAACUACCAAUUUUCGUCCUAACAGAAUGAGAACAGUUUGUUAAUUCAUGUUAGGACGACAAUCUGUACUUUUAGGUCGGACCUAUUGUCCUCCCUCCGACUCCCACCCAUAAGUGGCGGGUGGGGGCACUAAAAGAUAAUGUGGGGACCUAUUGUCCUCCCCCCGGCCCCACCCAUGAGCAGUGGGUGGGGGCUUGGGGACCCCUAGUUACCCCAUGGGGGGUAUUUUUACAUUUAGCCCACACCCGUCGCCCAUGUGUGGGGGUCAGGGUGAGGACAAUAGGUCCCCGCCCUUUUCAUUUAGGGCCCUCACCCGCUGCUCAUGGGUGGGGGCCAUGGGGAGGACAAUAGGUUCCCCCCCCUUUUCAUUUAGGGCCCCCACCCGCUGCUCAUGGGUGGUGGGCAGGGGGGAGGACAAUAGUUCCUCCCUUUCCUAUUGUCUUUUAGGGCCCCCACCAGCCGCUCAUGUGGGUGGGCCGGGGGGAGGACAAUAGGUCCACCACAUUUUCAUUUAGGGCCCCCACCCGCCGGUCAUUUAGGGCCCCCAGCCGCCGGUCAUGGGUGGGGACCGUGGGGAGGGCAAUAGGUUCACCCCCCCUUUUCAUUUAGGGCCCCCAACCGCCGCUCAUUUAACCAAGCUUGCUUUUAUAUUUAAAAUGGAUUGGUUGGACACACUAACUAACAAAGAACUUCUAGCCAAAAAAUUUCUCUUGACCUGGAGAGAUAUACUCACUAGACAAAUCUUUCAAGACCAAGGUGAAAACCACUUUGGCAUACACGGCAUGGUUCUCGGCUGAGGUGGUGGCGGUUCGAGAGAUGGGCCUAACUCACCAUAUUCUUGAGCACUUGCUUACAUUUGUGUUAAAGAGUGGGGGGCUAAGGCAAACCCCGCAACUAGUUUAGUUUGUUCUGUUUGAUUUAUUUUGAUCUCUAAAUUCACGCUUUGAUAAUGGUGUAACGGAUCACUUGAUCCGUGGACCUCCUUUGCUGUACCUUCUCCUGCUGUUAUCUGUUGAAAUGCAAACUAGUGCAUAUCCAAUGUAUGUUUCAUUGUCCCGAACAACAACAGAUCAUGCAAGGGGUAUCAUGGGGGAAUAGGCAGUGGUUGAGCAUGUCGGCCACCCACACCUAAAAGGUUAUGAUGUUCCUCUGAUCUCCUACUGGUAACUGUUAAAGCUCAACCUCUUAUUAACAAUGGUUUUGUAAAUCUUAUUUAGUUUUGUUGUUUUGUUUAUGUUGAGAAAUCUACAAAAUAGUGAAUGUAACUGAUUGAAUAUCAUUUUCCAACUGUCAAGACUGCUUUCAAACUGUUGAUGUCAUUCGUGCCCUAUUUUUGUAUCAUGCAUUCACAAUAAAAAUUGUUUUUGAAAAAACCCCGAAAAAUACCUGGGAAUAUGUACUCCCCCCCACUCAUCCCCCUAAAAAAGCAGAGUGACAAAAGUAUGUUGACAAUACAUUGUUUAAUUUAUAACAACUAAGAAAUAAACUAUAUUUAGGCAAAACCAAGUUGGAAAAACAGAUGAACAGAAUUCUGCCAAGUCAAUUUCAUUAAAAUGUACCAAUUAUGUGAAUACAUAAUUUACUAUAUAAUUUAUAUAACCAAUACCAAUCUCUCUCUUUCUCUAUAUAUAAAUGGUAUAAAGUACAGCACUAUUAUGACCUUUAAAAGUGUAGAAGAAAAAUGGUCUGAUUCAUCAACAUUUCAGUUUAGGAUAACAUUUUCUUUGGACAAUUUUUUUUUAAAAUUAGACAUCAACUUCAUAUAAAAAGAACCAAGCAACUGGAAGAACCCCUCAAAUCAAUCACCACUGGAUACCACCCAUGUCUGCAAUAUACAUGGUGGGUUAAGUUUAGAACUUAAAGGGAAAAUCUAAGCACCAAAACAACUUUAGCUUAAUGCAGCUGUUUUGGUGUAUAGAUCAUGCCCCUGCAGUCUCACUGCUUAAGUCUCUUGUUAUUUAGGAAUUAAAUCACUUUUGUUUUUGUAAAUGCAGCCGUAGCCACACAGCCACCUUAAAAAUAUAUAUUUUUUCCCCCAAUCAGAUCUUACAGCACAGUGUGUUUACGUUAGAAGUUAUUGUCUCCUGGUAUGUUAAUUGAACCUAACCAACUACAGCUUAAUGUAGGUGUUCUGGUGUCUACUGCCUGUCAGGUCUUUUAAUGUAAACACUGCUUUUCCAGGAACACCUUUAGUGGCAUUCACAGCCACUAGAGGUGCUUCCAUGGUCAAAUGUACCAAGGGGACCUGCCAAUGUUCCCCCUUGCCACCACCCAUGGUCGGUGGGUAACACUAAAUAGGUCAUGGUGGAAACUGUCUCUCGUCCUCCCCAGCCACCACGCACUGCGAAAAGUCAGAAUGUCUGGAUUGCAUUUAAGGUAGUUUUGAUGCUACUUUACACAAUCCAGAUAUGGAUAGAUUUUUAUUUAAUGUCUGAAUUUUGCAUUCUAAAUGCCCCUGUAUUAAAUUUAAUUAUCUGUAACAAUCUUGGCCUGUGAAUUCAGUGAAUAUCCUUAUGUGUGUGCACAUACAUGCUCACAUAUGAGUAUAAAUAUAUGCUAAAGCAAAUGUUUUACAAACUGUCCAUGGAGUUAGCUAUACCAUAUUAGUAUACAUUUAAGGGCCAUCUGUCUAGCGUUCUCAAUAUUAUUUUAGUACUUAAUUGCUAUUUGUAUAUGUCAAAAUAACAAGUGAUUUUGCUGAGCCCAUUGUCAUAUAUUUCCUGUAGGUAGAUAGGUUUCUCAAUUUAACUGAAGACCAGAAGACAUCUUUAAAAUGGAAUUUUCUUUUGGAGCGCUGCAAAAUCCAUUUAAAGGUUAGAAUGCUUUAA